AUGCUCACAACUCCCUAUCAGUUUGAAUUAUCUGAUGGUUCACCAAAGAGGAAAAAAGCUUCAGGUGUUGUUAGCAAUAUCGAAACAAACAAUUUGGGUCUCGAUAAUUUAAUCACCUUAAAUUCUCCGACUUCGCCAAAUCCUCCUCCUAAUAGUAAUAAACCAGUUUCUCAUGAUAAUCGUAAAGACUCGGGUGUUACUACCAACGCUACAACCUCAAUCUCGAAUUGUACGACUUCCAAAAGAGCUUUUUCUAACCCACCUGCAAUUGUGGUGCAAGUUCCUCCAAACCCUUCGGCUGCUGUUAAUGCUGAUGAUCCUUCAUCUUCUAAUCAGCUUGUUGUUGUUGCACGUCGCAAAACAGUUUUUAUAUCCAGACUUCAUCCUGAAACAUCUAUCGUUAAUAUCCGUAAUUAUAUGAAAUCUAAGUUACGUGACGUUAGCGAUAAUGAUUUAAACAUCUUUAAAUUUAAAUCGUCCCAGGAGCGCGACAUCUCGUCGUUUAAAAUAACAGUUCCUAAUAGACUUUUUAACACUGUUGUUAGUAGUUCGUUUUGGCCCGAUGAUAUUUUGGUAAAAGAAUUUGUUUUUAGAGAACGCUCCAAUGUAGAUAAGUCUGUAAACAUCGUAACUGCGCCAAAAAACUAA